AUAACAACUUACGCUGAACAUUGCUAAACCUAUAUUUACUUUAUGAUCCAAGCAAUGAGUAGUGGUUUACAAAAUAAGCUAAUUUUGAAAUUCUUUCAAUAGGAACCGUUUUAUGUAAAAUCGAUAAAAAGCAAUUGACAGUCAUAAAAACGGUAAAAGAAGUAAUGUUGUUUUUAUUGACAAUUUUGGAAUAAGCGAAAAUGAAAGGCGAUGAGAAAUUUGUAUUCAGGAUUAAUAUUUAGAAAUUUUCGAAAAAUUAAACUUUAUUUUGGAUUAUGUUUAUUAUUUUGUGCGAUAUUUGUGUUGAGCGGAUAUUUUGGAGAAACUCAUCUUUCUAAAGAUUCUCUACUUUCUUAUUCCAACACAUUGGAACCUGGGACAUUACAAGACUUUCAUAAUAGACGUCACAAUAGGAAUUUGCAGUUCUUGUACUCUCAAGAGCUCUUAACGGGGAAUAAGAAAGUAGAUCUGAAAGCAAAGACGAACAAAGAUAUUUUUAUUUCACCGAGGAUAUUUACUCACAAAAAUGACUUCUUAAACGAAGAUGUAAGCUUUAAUGAAAAUAAGCUUAACACAGGAGGAAACAAGGCGACAUAUUAUACAAAUUUAAAUUCAGAUGAAAAGAAAAAUAAAUACUUAACAAAAAGACUACCUCAUGCGAUUAUCAUCGGUGUCAAGAAAGGCGGAACAAGAGCACUGCUGGAAUUUUUAAGGGCUCAUCCGAAUGUUCGAGCCACCGGCCCUGAGCCACACUUCUUUGAUAAAAACUAUGAGAAAGGCCUCGAGUGGUAUAGGAAUCUUAUGCCGCAGUCUGAUUCGUCACAACUUACAAUCGAGAAGACACCCGGGUAUUUCAUAACCAAAGAUGUUCCGAAGAGAAUUUUUAAUAUGUCGUCUGCAGUCAAACUCAUAAUCGUUGUGCGAGACCCAGUUACAAGGGCUAUUUCAGAUUUUGCUCAAAUAGCUUCAAAGUCACCCAAAGUGCAUUCUUCUUUUGAAGCUAUGAUGUUCAAAGACAAUAAAACAACCGUGGAUACCUCACGUACCCUUAUAAAAAUUGGGAUGUAUUCAAAACAUUUGGAAAGAUGGCUGGAUUAUUUUCCUCUGGAACAAUUCCAUAUUGUUAAUGGUGAAAAUUUAGUGACAGAUCCUGGAACCGAGCUUAUAAAAAUACAAGAAUUUUUAGGUCUCCCGAUACAAAUCACUCACAACAAUUUCUAUUUCAAUCAGUCACGUGGAUUUCCGUGUAUACGGAAAAAAAUUAACAAAAGGCCACAUUGCCUAGACGAAACCAAAGGUCGGAAACAUCCAUACAUAAACCCUAAAUCAAUUCAUUCUCUGCAGGCAUUUUUCAAACCAUACAAUCGAAAAUUCAGUAAAAUGGUGGGACAAGACUUUGGUUGGUCGUAAAACUGAAUAUUAAUUUCAGCUGAUUAAAUUUCUUUUAAUGUAAUAUGUCACAUCAAAAGAUUAACUUAAAUUAUAGCGAAAAGUACGGGUUUUGACCCAACUUCACAGGAAAGGUGGUUUGAAUGGGAAAUAUGCAUUAAAUGCUGUUAUAAUUGAGUGCAUGUGUGUAAAUUUCAUUUUUAUUAAAUUUUAUAAAUUUAAAAUGAAGCUACAUUUUGUCAGUAGCUUUAAUUAUGUUUAAAUGUUUUGUUGUUAUAAUUUAUUGAAAUUUUGUUACAAGAUGCUAUAAAUAUUUAAAUAUUA